AUGAACAAGCUUUCUCUUGUGGCCUUAGCUGCUACGCUUAUCGCAUCUGUUGCGCAGGCGGCCCAGUUCCACACGCAAGUGCAGGAUCUGGAUGGCAAGAAAUUCGACUAUCUUGUUGUGGGUGGUGGUCUUGGCGGUCUUGUUGUGAGCAAGCGUCUUUCUCAGGACCCGAGCAAGAAGAUCCUAGUCAUCGAGGCUGGUCGAGAUGACCGCAAGGACCCUCGUAUCUAUGAUGUUGACAAGUAUGGCGAAUUCGUCGAUACGGAUAUGAACUGGAACUUUGAGACUGUACCCCAGGCUAUAAUCGGAAAUCAGACCAAGUCUCUCCGUGCAGGAAAGACGCUAGGUGGUAGCACAUCGAUCAAUGGUGGUGCAUGGAACCGUGCGCACAAAGUUCAAUACGAUAUGCUGAAGAACAUCACGGGCGAUCCCACCUUUGACUUUGAGCACUUGCAGGAGUACAUGAAUAGGGCCGAGUCCUUUGUGCCACCGACAAAGGAACAGCGCAAGGCUGGUGCUGACUACGUUCGUGAGGCGCACGGCUACGACGGGCCUCUGUCCAUUGGAUUCUCGCCUAUUCGGAACAAGCAGAAACGUAUGUUUACGGGAGAAGGGCAGCAGGCCUUCUUGGAGACCAUCCAAAGGGUGCUUGGUGUAGCUCACCUGAAGGAUCAAAACAGUGGUAAUAACACCGGUGCUGGCUGGACCCCCACUUCCAUUUCACAGGACAGUAAGCGCGAGAGCGCCUGCAGGUACUUGGAACAGACCGGCGAUAACGUCGACGUUCUCCUUGGCUGGACGGCUGUCCGCUUGUCGUGGAAGGGCGACAAAGACAUCGAAGGUGUGGUUGUCCAGAAGGACAGGCAUAGCCAGCCACACACUUUGUACACACAGGGUGAGGUCAUCCUGUCGGCUGGUACGAUCAACACGCCGGGUAUUCUAGAGCGUUCGGGUAUUGGUGCCAAGGAUGUAUUGGACAAGCUCGGUAUCGAAAAGAAGAUCAUCCUGCCUGGUGUCGGCAAGAAUCUGCAGGAGCAGACGAUGAAUACGAUGGGUGGUAAAGCCAAGCACCUCGACACGAGUGGUGGUGGUCCUUCGAACAUGAUUGCCAACACGGGUGUCUGGCAGAUCUUUAAUAAUGCGUCACUUGUGGAAAAAAGGGUUCAUCUUGACAUGUAUGUCGAGGCCGCGAAACUGGAGGAUGGUGGAUACGUAGCAUCAUCGAAUGCUCUCCAGGAUCAUUACAAAUUGGUGACUGAGGCCAUGUUCAAGAAGGGUGUGCCUGCAUGCGAGCACUUUUUCGACACCGGAUUCCCGCCGAACUCGUAUGGUAUUGAUACUUGGUGCUUGUUGCCUUACUCGCGUGGAAAAGUUCACAUCAAGUCGAAAGAUGCCUUUGAGAAGCCGUUGUUGGAUCCAAACUACUUUGCCGUCCAUUUUGAUAUGAAAAUGCAAGUGGCUGCGAUGCGUGCUAAUCGCCGUAUUUUGCAGACGAGUCCACUUCUCGACGAACUGGAGGCGAGUGAGACGCAGCCUGGCUUUGAGCACAUCCCUGAUACACCUGAGCAUGGCUCCUAUGCGAAGUGGCAAGCAUGGAUUCUUGGUACCGACGGCAAGGGCGGAUUCGGCAGUGUGGCCCACCAAAUUGGUACGUGCUCAAUGAUGCCGAAGAAGGACGGUGGCGUGGUCGACUCGCACUUCAAGGUGUACGGAACGAAGAACCUCCGCAUUGUGGAUGGCUCGGUACUUCCUAUCCAGUUGUCGGCGCACCUAUCGAGUACGCUCUAUGGCCUGGCUGAGAAAGCGUCUGAAGAUAUCGGAAAGACGGCGCAUCAGCGCCAUUGA